GUACCUAGCUGGGCGGGGAAGCACCGCCCACCACACGUGUCACUGCACUAUGUCAUACUGCAAGAGAGAUGGCAAGGACAAGUCUCUGUUUUUGACAAGAGAGGAUGCAAAGGAUCCAGAGAACAUAAAAACAUUAGUCGAGGAUGAGGAGACAUAUGGACUUAUUGCCCCAGAUGGAUCAAUAAACUGGGACUGUCCCUGCUUAGGCGGUAUGGCUAAUGGCCCUUGUGGUAGUGAAUUUAAAGAAGCUUUUGGCUGCUUCCAUUACAGUAAAGAAGAAAUGAAAGGUUCUGACUGUUUAGAGCAAUUUAAAGUAAUGCAAGAAUGCUUUCAAAAAUAUCCUGAGGUAUACAGUAAAUAUGGUGAAGACGAGGAGGACGAGGAGGGUAAUAGUGACAAGGAGAAUAACGAGAUACCCAAAGAAGCAAACAAUAACAAUGACAGCAACAACAACGAUGAUAAUAAUAAUGUUAAUGAUGAAGAUAAAUGAUAAACAGUGAAAUGUACUAAUAUUUUUCAUACUAUAUCAGCUUAGUAUUAAAGUACGUAGACGUUUCAGUUUUUCACUUAUCAAAAUGACACCAAUA